AUGCGCGAUGCUGUGCGUCUGGAGUGCGAGCGGCCACGCUCCGCGAGGGUUUAUGCUGAAUUUCAUCGAAUCACAAACAUAAACCUUCAGAACCAGUUCUAUUCGGAGCUUGACCGGCACAUACCACGACUUCUGGCAACAUACAGACAGAAAGCCGGACGCACUGGCAAGACUUCUGAAACACUGCGCAACAUCUUACAGCUGUAUGAUCAGCAAAUACAGGAUGUUGACAUCAAACGCACCACAGCUCUUUGGGCCCUUUCAGCGUACCUGUGUGAAGAUGACCCAGAUUUCUACAAAACUUGGAAUGCCGAGGAGGCAGACGAGCCAGACAUCACAGACACUCCUGUUGCCCUCGUCAUGAUGGUCACUGAGAGCACCGCAGAAAUGGUCCCCUUCACUGCUGACAGAUUUGCCAUUGUGGUGGAAGACAACAUGACGAUGAUGAGUAUCCCCAGAUUCUCAGAGGCAUUUGCACUGAUAUUUGGGUUGAUGUAUGUACUGCAUUUGGCCUACCCCUGCAAACUCACUCAUACUUUUACAUUCAUCCAAAAAGUGGUGAUGGGCCUUGAUGAUGGUGAGCCACUUAAACCCCGCCUACUUGGUCUAAAAAAUGACCUGUUCCACUAA